AUGGCAUCGAAUCCGACCUGUCUUAGUUAUGUAUUAAUGUUUCAAAAUAUCCUGCAAUUUUUUUUUGUAUAUUUUUCUAUAACUAUAUACUUUGCAAGUUGAAAAUCAUUACCAACCCACUGAUAUGACUGACUUAACUUUAAAUUUCUAAUUUUGGUGACGUGGUCCACACAUGCACUUCACUAGGGAAACAACAAAUAAUGCAUUAAAUAAGUAAUCACUCGAAAUUCCUUGCGUGUAACCAAUAGAUAUAUGAUAUUUGAUAGAACAAAAUAAAUUCAUGCAUGGAUCUUGCAGGAUCAUUCGGUGCCUCGUACUUGCAUCUCACUGUACAGUUCAUAUAUAUAUAGAGAUGAUCAUUCGAAACAUAGAACCCACCAAACACAUCUCUUUUCACUAUCAAAACGCUAUGGAUGCUUUCUUAUUCUCCUUAUUAUCUCCACUCCUCGUUUUCGUUUUGAUUGCUCUUUUCAAGAAAACAAAGAAACCAAAACAUGCAAAAGCUCCCGAACCAAGCGGUGCGUGGCCCAUCAUCGGCCAUCUUCACCUUCUCGGUGGCAAGGAACAACUUCUCUACCGAACAUUAGGAGAAAUGGCUAACCGUUACGGUCCUGCCAUGUCGUUACGACUUGGGAGCAAUGAAGCAUUUGUUGUGAGCAGUUUUGAGGUGGCUAAAGAGUGUUUCACUGUGAACGACAAAGCCUUGGCUUCACGACCUAUGACUGCCGCCGCAAAGCAUAUGGGCUACAACUAUGCUGUCUUCGGGUUUGCACCUUACAGCUCUUUCUGGCGCGAGAUGCGUAAGAUCGCAACCGUCGAGCUAUUGUCUAACCGGCGGCUUCAGAUGCUCAAGCACGUCCGUGUCUCAGAGAUCUCAAUGGGUGUGAAAGAUUUGUAUUCCUUGUGGGUCAAGAAAGGUGGUUCAGAACCAAUAAUAGUUGAUCUAAAGAGGUGGUUAGAGGACAUGACACUGAACAUGAUCGUAAGAAUGGUGGCUGGAAAACGAUACUUUGGCGGUGGCUCAACAACCCCUGAAGACACCGAAGAGGCGAGGCAAUGCCAAAAGGCCAUCACAAAGUUCUUUCACCUCAUCGGUAUAUUCACAAUGUCCGAUGCUUUUCCGACUCUAGGGUGGUUUGAUCUGCAAGGACAUGAGAAGGAGAUGAAGAAAACGGGUAGCGAACUAGAUGUGAUUCUCGAAAGAUGGAUCGAAAACCAUCGGCAACAACGAAAAGUUUCAGGAAAUAAAGAGAACGAUUCAGACUUCAUUGAUGUUAUGUUGUCACUUGCGGAACAAGGCAAACUCUCCCAUCUGCAAUAUGAUGCAAAUACUAGCAUCAAAUCUACCUGUCUGGCACUGAUUCUUGGAGGAAGUGACACUACAGCUUCAACUCUCACAUGGGCCAUUGCUCUUCUUCUAAACAACAAAGACAUGUUAAAGAAAGCGCAAGAUGAGAUAGACCUCCAAGUUGGCACAGACAGAAACGUCGAGGAUUCAGACAUAGAAAAUCUGGUGUAUCUUCAAGCGAUCAUCAAAGAAACAUUGAGACUAUAUCCAGCUGGUCCUCUCUUAGGCCCUCGAGAGGCGAUGGAAGAUUGCACAGUCGCAGGUUACCACGUUGCUUGCGGCACAAGACUGAUAGUGAACGUAUGGAAAAUCCAAAGAGAUCCGAAAGUUUGGGUAGAACCAAACGAGUUCAGACCAGAGAGGUUUCUUACAGGAGAAGCAAAAGAGUUUGAUGUUAGAGGACAGAACUUUGAGCUGAUCCCGUUUGGUUCGGGGAGAAGAUCAUGUCCAGGGUCUUCUUUGGCUAUGCAAGUGCUUCAUCUAGGUCUUGCUCGUUUUCUUCAUUCGUUUGACGUGAAUACUGAUUUGGAUGUGGCUGUUGAUAUGAGUGAGAGCCCUGGCUUGACCAUUCCUAAAGCAACGCCUCUUGAGGUUAUGAUCAGUCCACGUCUCGAGAAACAUCUUUUUGUGUGAUAUAAAUAUAUGUAUAUAUAUAUGUGUGUGUGUGUAUUUCUGUUUGCUAAACGUAGGGCUUCAAUGCUAUUAUUGAAGGUGUUUUUGAUGUUUUCGUUCUAAUAAAAGCCUACGUAUGUAUACGUUACCCUUUGUUCGGUUCAUUUUAAAAUAAAUGUAUUUCUUUUUGGAUA